AUGCCGGCUCACCUCAAACGGAAACGUGUCGACGGUGGGCUAGAGCCUUCCCCUACGGUUACCACCAACGGCACCGCUGUUAAUGCGCCCUUUCCGCGCCGAGCGACGCGCCACAGCUCAAUACCCCCGCUGCCUGUACCAUCAAACCCGGAACCGCGACGACGUCGCCGGCGGGCCGACAAUGGCGAGACCGGCGAGACCGCGCAGCUUUCCCGUUCUCCGCGCGGGAAAGAAAAUGUACCUCUACACCCAGAGCAGGUGUCGAAACUAACGACGCAUUUGACACGUCAUAGCAGUGUGUCUGAGGGAACCCGCCACCCGUCUGGCAUCAACAUCGACCGUGCGCCGUCAACAAAACUCUCCACCCCAGCUCCUACCGCACAGAUGGCAGAACUGGACUCACAACGACAGCGGCCACAGUCGAGGAGAACCUCCGCAGCAGGUGUACCAUACAUGGCCCAUCAGCAAGCGGUGUCCGUAGGACGCACCAAGCCAAUCAUCAUGGCGACGUCGGUAGCCCAGUCAGCCCAGCUUAUGACGCCCACGAGAACCGUGACUCCCAACCGCGGGAGAAGGGCGGCCGGCAACGGUGGCGAGACGGACCGUAAUAUCGAUAAGGUUGUCCUUGGCGAUAUCUGCUUCCGCGCCUGGUACCCAUCAUACUACGGCAAGGAAGUACUAGGUGACAUUUCCGGCAGUACUGCGAAGAGCGGUAAAGACGCACAGGGCAAGAACAACGGAACAACGUCCGCUCACGAUGACGGGGCCAAGAGCGCAACAAACGGCGGAAAGGCACACGGACGCCGGGACCGAGACAACCCCCUGUCCAUGCUGGAUAGGCUCUAUGUGUGUCCGUCUUGCUUUAAGUAUUCUAAGGAGCUGGUCACAUGGUGGGAGCAUGUCCGCUGGUGUGAGCGACAGGGCCAUGUACCGGGCAACAAAAUCUACACCCAUCCCAAGGGAAAGCGGACAGUCUUGGUGCCAUCGGGACAGCCCUCGAAGCAAGCGAGAGGGAAACGCGGAAGUGUCGGGCAGAAGAUGGUCGAGGAGACGGUGCAGGACGAGGGUGAGUGGAGUAUUUGGGAGGUCGAUGGCGAGUCGGAUGUGCUCUUCUGCCAAAAUCUCUCCCUCUUCGCCAAGCUCUUCCUCGACAACAAAUCCGUCUUCUUCGACGUCACUGGAUUUAACUACUUCCUCCUUGUUUACACCGCCCCUGCCCCCCAGACAAACCCGGACGCCGAGGUCACUGAGAUCGUCCAACCGCACAGCCAAAUCGUCGGAUUCUUCUCCAAGGAAAAGAUCUCCUGGGAUAAUAACAACCUCGCUUGUAUCCUGGUCUUCCCCCCUUGGCAACGCAAGGGCUUGGGCGCCCUCCUCAUGGGCGUCUCGUAUGAGAUCUCUCGACGAGAGGGUCUUCUUGGCGGGCCCGAAAAGCCCAUCUCGGACCUGGGCAAAAGAGGUUACAAGCGCUUCUGGGCCGGCGAAAUCGCCCGCUGGAUCCUUAGCCUAGACCCAUCCCCCUCGCCAUCCUCCCCUGGCGGCAGCGGGGAGACAGUCGUUGACAUCGAAGCCUGCAGCCAAGCCACAUGGAUAGCGCCCGAAGAUUGUCUGCUUGUACUGCAGGAGAUGGGCGUCGCGGAGCAUGCCGGGAAGGGCCCGCCCAGGCGCCGGGUGCAGGAGCCGAAGGCUGAGGAGCAGCAGCCGGGGAGUAAUGGCAGCAACGGCAACGACCCCGUAGGGACAACGAAAGCGGAAGCCACGGACCAGGUGCAGAGGGUCCGCAUCUCUCAGUCAGCUGUCAAGGCGUGGGUUGCUGCGCAUAAGAUCCCCUUAGAGAGGGCUUGCGACCCGAACGGGUUUGUUGAGGGAUACGCAAUGAAGAACGGUUCGACGGCACCAGAAGAAGUAGCUGCUUGA